AUGAUUCCCCAAUUGGCAUUCUCAUUGCUACUGUCCAUAUUGGCCCCAUUAUUAUGGGCUGACUGUCCUACCGUAAUCACACGACAAGGGCCAGUUCAAGGAUCGAAAGAAUACACGAAGGAUGGGACCAUGAUCUAUCAAUUUCUUGGCAUUCCAUUUGCGCAGCCUCCGAUUGGGAGAUUGCGUUUUGAAGUGAGUUUUAGCGACGGCUCUGAUUUUGGUGAAGAUUGCCUGUAUUUAAAUGUAUGGACAAGCGAUCUAAAGGGCAACCUUCCCGUACUCAUCUUCAUCCAUGGAGGUGGUUUCCUUCAGGGUAGUGCUGCUCGGCAUCCUGGCAAACCAUUAAUGGAGGUAUAUGCCAGAAGAGGUAUUGUAAUGGUAACUAUCCAAUAUCGACUUGGACCCUUCGGGUUCCUAACCAAAAAUGAUUCGAGAAUCAGCCCCAAUCUCGGCCUAUGGGACCAGAAUCGCGCCCUGAAAUGGGUGAACGAAAAUAUUGAUCGAUUUGGAGGAGAUCCGAAGCGCGUGACAAUUUUUGGGGAAUCCGCUGGAUCAGUUUCUGUAUCUUAUCAAACAAUAUCUGAGCAUUCGAAAAAUCUCUUUUCGGCCGCCAUCGAAAUGAGCGGCUCAAUGCUAUGUGGUUUUGCAAAGGGCAAAAAUGUGGUGAAAUUCACGGAGGAAUACAUCAAGGCGCUUGGAUGCGGUGAUGCUAGGGAUUAUAAAGAAUGUCUACAAUCCAAGAGUGAGCACGAGUUUUUGAAUGUGAAAGCGGGAUGGGGUGAUAUUUGCGGCUUUUCUGAUCUGGAUUAUUUGGGGUUUGCACCAAUACCCGAUGGAGAUUUUUUGCCGCUUGACGUCGAAACGGCUAUCGAAACAGCCCCAAAAGUUCCCACACUAAUGGGAGUCAACCAAAAGGAAGGCCGAGCUUUCACCUUACAAGGUGAAUUCCCUUAUUCCAUGGCGCCAAGUUUUUAUAAAAUGGCAAACUCGAAAUAUUUGAAAGCGUAUAUCAAGGACUGGAUUACUAGCGGGGGGUAUUUGGAGCAUGAAAAAGAUGCGGCCGGCGAGGAUAUCUAUAAAUUUCUUUCGAUGGAUAACGAUAAUGAUACGGAUCACUUUUUCUGGAUUGAGCAGUAUGUGCUGAGCUAUUCGGAUUUUAUGAUGAAUAUUCCAAUCGUACGUGAGGCCGUGGCUCGAACAAAAAGUGGCAGUCCCGUUUGGGCUUUUACAUUUGAUCACUCAAACCCGGCACAAUGGCCAAAGGAUCAGCCCGUUCAAGGCUCAACCCACGCCGGCGAAUACCCAUGGACGCUAGAAAUGCAUCUAAACUUUAAUUACACCGCUGAAGACCUCGUAGUGAAAGAUGCUAUCCAAGAUUUGUUUGUGCAGUUUGUCAAGACUCGCGAUCCAAACAUUGACCGGCUGAAGUGGGACCCAUUUACCAUCGAAAAUUUUGAUUAUAUGAGUAUCUCGCCGAAAAGCGAAAUGAAAAAGGAUUGGUUCGGUUCCAACUAUCGCUUUUGGACAAACACCAUGAACAAAUACAGCUACGAUUUCAUCAGCGAACAAAAAUGGAAAUCG